AUAUAUCCCAAAGAUAUGGAAGCUCCUCCAGGUGGAGUUGAUGACAUGACAAAGCUAUCCUAUCUACAUGAACCUGGGGUUCUGCAGAAUUUGUCAGCAAGAUAUGAAUUGAAUGAAAUUUACACAUACACAGGAAAUAUUCUCAUUGCUGUGAAUCCAUUUCAAAGAUUACCUCAUUUAUAUGAUAUCCACAUGAUGGAACAAUAUAAAGGAGCACCUUUUGGAGAACUAAGUCCUCAUGUUUUUGCAGUUGCAGAUGUUGCAUAUAGAGCAAUGAUCAAUGAGGGAAAAAGUAACUCUAUUUUGGUCAGUGGUGAAAGUGGUGCUGGUAAAACAGAAACUACUAAGAUGCUUAUGCGAUAUCUUGCCUAUAUGGGUGGUCGGGCUGCAACUGAAGGAAGAACGGUAGAGCAGCAAGUUCUAGAAUCAAACCCAGUACUUGAGGCAUUUGGCAAUGCUAAAACUGUCCGAAAUAAUAAUUCCAGUCGAUUUGGUAAAUUUGUAGAGAUCCAGUUUGAUAACAAAGGAAGGAUAUCUGGUGCUGCCAUCAGAACAUACCUGCUAGAAAGGUCAAGAGUUUGCCAAGUUUCUGAUCCUGAGCGCAACUACCAUUGUUUUUACCUUCUAUGUGCAGCCCCUCCCGAGGAGAUAGAGAAAUAUAAGUUGGGGAAUCCAAGGUCACUUCACUAUCUUAACCAAUCAAAUUGCUAUGAAUUGGCUGGUGUAAGUGAUGCCAAAGAAUAUUUAGCUACCAGGAGGGCAAUGGAAAUAGUUGGGAUUAGUACACAGGAACAGGAUGCCAUUUUUAGGGUUGUUGCAGCUAUUCUUCAUUUAGGCAACAUAAGUUUUGCUAAGGGUCAAGAAAUUGAUUCAUCUGUUCUUAAAGAUGAGAAGUCUAAGUUCCAUCUAAAGAUAACUGCUGAACUUCUCAUGUGUGAUCCUCAGGCCUUAGAAGAUGCUCUUUGUAAGCGUGUAAUGAUAACACCUGAAGAAGUUAUAAGGAGACCUCUAGAUCCAGUUGCAGCAACUGGUAGCAGGGAUGCUUUGGCAAAGACAGUGUACUCCCGUUUAUUUGACUGGCUAGUUGAUAAAAUUAAUAGCUCAAUUGGGCAAGACGUUAAGUCCAAGUCUCUCAUUGGUGUCCUUGAUAUAUAUGGUUUUGAAAGUUUUAUAACAAACAGUUUUGAGCAGUUUUGUAUUAACUUUACAAAUGAAAAACUGCAACAGCAUUUCAAUCAGCAUGUCUUCAAGAUGGAACAGGAGGAGUAUACCAAAGAGGAGAUUGAUUGGAGCUACAUUGAGUUUGUUGAUAACCAGGAUGUCUUAGAUCUUAUUGAAAAGAAACCUGGAGGGAUCAUUGCUUUGCUUGAUGAAGCAUGUAUGUUUCCAAAAUCAACAUAUGAGACAUUUUCUCAAAAGCUUUAUCAGACAUUUAAAACGCACAAGCGUUUUGUCAAACCAAAGUUGUCUCCAACUGACUUUACCAUUUCCCAUUAUGCUGGAGAGGUUCAAUAUCAAUCUGAACAAUUCCUAGAUAAAAAUAAGGACUACGUUGUAGCAGAACACCAAGAAUUGCUGAGUGACUCAAAAUGCCCAUUUGUCUCGGGCCUCUUCCCUCCACUACCCGAGGAUACAUCAAAGUCUUCUAAAUUUUCAUCAAUUGGUGCUCGUUUUAAGCUACAACUACAAUCUUUGAUGGAGAUACUGAAUUCAACUGAACCACAUUAUAUUAGAUGUGUGAAGCCAAACAAUCUUCUUAAACCUGCCAUUUUUGAGAAUGUUAAUGUCAUGCAACAAUUACGUUGUGGUGGUGUUCUGGAAGCUAUCAGAAUUAGUUGUGCUGGAUAUCCUACUCGACGUACAUUUUAUGAAUUUCUUCAUCGAUUUGGCAUUCUUGCUCCAGAAGUUCUAGAAGGAAACUACGAUGAGAAGGUUGCUUGUGGAAAGAUUUUAGAGAAGAAGGGGCUAAAGGGUUGGCAGAUGGGAAAAACAAAAGUUUUCCUUAGAGCUGGUCAGAUGGCUGAAUUAGAUGCUAGGAGGGCUGAAGUACUUGGCAAUGCUGCAAAGACUAUUCAGCGCCAGAUACGAACGCACAUUACUCAUAAACGGUUUGUCGCAACAAGGAAGGCUAGCAUUCUAGUGCAGUCAUCAUGGAGAAGAAGGUUGGCUCAAAAACUGUAUGAGCACAUGAGAAAGGAGUCGGCUGCAAUUAAAAUGCAGAAAAAUUUUCGAUGUUACUGGGCAAAAAAUAAGUACACAGGUCUAAGGGUGUCAGUUCUUGUCCUUCAAACUGGUUUGAGGGCUAUGGCUGCCCGAGAUGAUUUCAGAUUUAGGAAGCAAACAAAAGCAUCAACAGAGAUUCAGGCUCAAUGGCGUUGCCACAAAGCCCAUUCAUAUCACAAAAAGUUAAGGAGAGCUUCAAUUGUCACACAAACUAAGUGGAGGGGAAGGGUUGCAAGGAAAGAAUUGAGGAAGCUUAAAAUGGCAGCCAGAGAAACUGGGGCACUAAAAGAAGCGAAGGACAAACUUGAAAAAAAGGUGGAAGAGCUUACAUGGCGUUUGCAGUUGGAGAAGCGCUUAAGGACAGACUUGGAGGAAGCAAAAGCGCAGGAGAUUGCAAAGUUGCAGAGCUCUUUGCAAGUGCUACAGAAUAAGGUUAAUGAGACUAAUGAGUUACUUGCUAAGGAAAGAGAGGCGAUGAAAAAAGCAAUUGAAGAAGCGCCACCUAUCAUCAAGGAAACUACUGUUCUUGUUCAGGAUACUCAGAAAGUUGAUUCAUUGACAGCUGAGGUUGAACAGCUGAAGACUUCUUUAGGCUCAGAAAAGGAACGAGCUGAUGAUUCUUUACGAAAAUAUGGCGAAGAACAGAAGAAAAGUGAAGAAAAACAAAGAAAGUUGGAGGGAAUUGAAGAAAAAUCUCGGCAUCUACAGGACCAUUUGAAUAGGCUAGAGGAAAAGCUGUCAAAUCUAGAAUCUGAAAAUCAGGUUCUUCGUCAGCAGGCUGUGUCCAUGGCUCCUAACAAAUUUUUGUCAGGACGUUCUAGAUCGAUUGUACAUAGGAGUUCGGAUAGCGGACAUAACAAUGUUGAUCCAAAGUCUUCUGCAGAUAUUCAUUCCUCCUCUUCUGUAAAGGAACUUUCCGAGUUAGAGGACAAACCACAGAGAUCUCUAAAUGAGAAGCAACAGGAGAACCAGGAGCUUUUAAUCAGGUGUAUUGCACAGCACCUGGGAUUUGCAGGGAGCAGGCCUGUUGCAGCAUGUAUCAUAUACAAAUGUCUUCUCCAGUGGAGAUCAUUUGAAGUUGAGCGAACUAGUGUUUUUGAUCGAAUUAUUCAGACAAUUGGGCAUGCUAUUGAGACCCAAGAAGACAAUGAUGUGUUAGCUUAUUGGCUUUCCAAUGCCUCAACAUUGCUAUUACUAUUACAACGGACUUUAAAGGCAAGUGGUGCAGCUGGGAUGGCUCCACAGCGCAGUCGAUCUUCAUCAGCUAGUUUAUUUGGGAGGAUGGCUCAAAGUUUCAGGGGAACUCCUCAGGGAGUGAACCUUUCUUUUGCCAAUGGCGGCUUAGUUGGUGGAGUUGAUACUUUGCGGCAAGUGGAAGCCAAAUAUCCUGCUCUGCUAUUCAAACAACAACUUACAGCAUAUGUGGAGAAAAUUUAUGGAAUGAUUCGGGAUAAUUUGAAAAAGGAUAUCUCUCCCUUGCUUGGCUUGUGCAUUCAGGCACCGAGAACAUCAAGAGCAAGUCUAAUCAAAGGUGCUAUACGUCCACAAGGACUAUCAACCCCAAUUGCUCAUUGGCAAGGGAUUGUAAGGAGUCUUUGGAGUUUCUUGAAUACAUUAAAAGGAAACCAUGUUCCCCCGUUUUUAGUUAGAAAGGUGUUCACACAGAUAUUUUCCUUCAUCAACGUGCAGCUAUUUAAUAGCCUUCUGCUGAGGAGAGAGUGCUGCUCAUUCAGUAAUGGAGAAUAUGUUAAAGCAGGACUUGCUGAACUAGAACAUUGGUGCUAUAAAGCUACUGAUGAGUAUGCAGGCUCAGCCUGGGAUGAAUUGAAGCAUAUCAGACAGGCCAUUGGAUUCCUGGUAAUUCAUCAAAAACCUAAGAAGACAUUGGAUGAAAUAAGCCAUGAUCUUUGCCCAGUGCUCAGCAUACAGCAACUAUAUCGGAUCAGUACAAUGUACUGGGAUGAUAAAUAUGGCACGCAUAGUGUGUCCCCAGAUGUUAUAUCAAAUAUGAGGGUAUUGAUGACAGAAGACUCCAAUAAUGCUGUCAGCAACUCAUUCUUGCUAGAUGAUGAUUCCAGCAUUCCAUUUUCGGUGGAUGACAUAUCAAAAUCAAUGGAACAGAUUGAAAUUUCCGACAUCGAACCGCCGCUACUCAUUCGGGAAAAUUCAGGCUUCAUGUUCUUGUUGCCGCGUUCUGAUUGACUUCCGAAGGUCCCCUUUUGUUGGCCUUUGGAUCUCUUCCUAUCAUAGAUUUAGGCAGAUUGGCAAUAGGUUGUAAAGUGCUAUUCUUCAAGUACAGAAUGCAAAGCAGUAAUAAGGUUUUCUACAAUUAUUUGAUUAAAAGCUCUGCUAGAACUUGAAACUUCAGAGUGGAAGAUAAAACGAACUUUGUAAGUAUGCUAAUUUAUUCCCUUGCUGCACGCAUGUUUUUAGUAUACAUGCAGGCUAGUAGGAUGGUUUCUUUGUUUUAAAGUCAUUCUUUUCACGUUUAUUUAGCUUACAUUUAUCAAAUAAGGUUCAUAUUUCAACUAGAAAUUGAAAUUCUUUAG